AUGCCUUGGGUGUUGAGGAGGCAUUACACUAGUGAUGGGAGGCUGAUUCUCAAUGAGGAGAAGGUUAGGCAUCAUAAGUACUUUAGGGCUCAUAGGUCCAAUGGAAGGCUUACUUUGCAGCUUGUGCCACUUGAUGAUGAGAUUUUGAUUCCACCAUUUGUUUGUGAUGAGGGUAACAAAGAUGAGAAUGGGAAUGGAAAUGGAAUUGAGAAUGAGUGUGAUGAUCAUGACCAAAAUUUUGAUGACCAUGAUGACGACGAUGACGACGAUCAUGUGGUUGAGGAUCAAGCAAUUAGUGGUAUUGGGGGAUCACCAGGGAAAUGCUUCAAUUUCAAUAGUUUGUUAAGAGGGCCACCUUGCAUCUUUGGAGUGCCAGUGCCAGCCAUCAGAUUGUUAGUUGUGUCCCUUCAAAUUCCAUGUGGGUUAUUCAUGAGGAUGAAGAUCUCCUCAAGGUUCAUUCACUCUGGAGGAAUUUGA